AUGCAGGAUGAAAUUGAAGCUUUUGAAGUUGUCUUGAAACAAUCGAAUGAUGAUCUUGUUACCUACAAAGAGUACUCAAAAGAACGUGAAGUAGAAAAGAUUGAAAUCGUUGAUGCUCCGUUUCAUAGUACACUUUGUCAAAAUUGUAAUUAUGUAUGUCAUUCAAGAUGUAAAUUAGACGAAACAACUACCGUUGGAUCUCAGAUCUUUCAACGUUGUUGGGCAAUAUCUAAUGGGAAUUGUCGACAGUGCACGCAUAAAUGCUCCUAUACCUCUCAUUAUCAUGCGAAGAAAACAGUGAAAACAAGUAAACAAAAAUUACAAGAUGUUAUUGCAGAAAUCAAAGCUAAGUAUGAUCAAGCCGCACAAAAUAAAUCGGAUUAUCAAAAGAAAAUUACAUCAACAGCUGAUGCCAAGAAGAUGUUAGAAAAUGCAUUAUUACAAAAGAAUGAAGAAAUCAAACAACUAUGCAUUCAAUUACGUCAACUAUGUUCAGGCUUCAAUAUUGCUCAUGAGUUACACGCGUUCAUUGAUCAACUCGAAGUAGAGGCGGCAAUACUAAAAAACAUAGAAGCAAAACAACAAGCGAAUGCAUUUAUUCGCAGUUUGAAAGAGUUCUGUGAUAUGAUCGAAAAAGACCAAGAUGUUAGUCAAAAUCAAUCGACCAAAAUGAAUAUUAUGGAUACCGAACGUCCCGUUCAAAGUCAAGCUCGUUUACCUAAAACUUUGUCCGCAAAUACUAUGACAUCGACACAGCAACUAUAUGGCAGUGCAAAUCCUCACUUCGAAUCUCCUGCAGACUCCAACUCAUAUGCAAACAAUGAUGUGCUUCAAGCGCUUCGUGCCAUAAGAGAAAAAAAGAAAAAAGUACCACGCAAGAAACUAGCAUCUAACAAUGAAAGUGAAACCGAUGAAAAAGAAGAAGAUGAAAAGAACAAUGGUGUGACGAGUGAAGAUAGUAACCAAGAAGAAAGCGAUGAAAAGAGUAAAAAACAUCAGAAAAAAACCAAGAAACAAUCUGCAUCAAACCUUGCAACAACUGUUACGAAUGAUCCUGACCAGUUCAAAACGAUGACUAUUGACGAACUUCUUACUCACUAUCGGGCAUGCACUGAGCUACGAAUGACCAACUUCAUCGUCCACGAAAUGAUGCAACGAGCGAGUGGAAAGUCAGUUGGUCCUUUGAACUCUCCUGAACGUAUUGUGGAAUUCACGGCAAGCUCUCACAAAUAUUGUGCUCUCAGAGCACAUGAAUUACGUCAAGAGUAUGAUAGAUUAAAAUCACGUAUCGCAGUGAUAACUGAGCCAGAUAUACUAAAAAUUGAUCAGGUUCCGCAAACAGUCCUGUUCGAUAUCGCUGCAGUCCACAUUCUUCUUCAACGUGCCACUUCGGAAGGCCACCCGCCACCACCAGCAACACAUAAUAGUUAUAAUUAUAACUCACAGCCUUCACCAUCUAUCAAUAUUCCUUAUCAUCAUACCGAAUUUCCAAACCAUGUUCAAAACCAUGAUUUUAGCAUGCCAAAGCCACCACAGUCAAGAGCUGUAUACAAUUCACAGUUCCAACAAUCAACGCAUUCUUUUGCAUCAUCACAACGGCCACAAUAUCAUCCAUACAAAGGUUUUUUGUUGUCAUCAUGCAAAAAAUGGUCUGAAACAUGUCGAACAAGUACUGAUUGUUGUCCAAUGAAGGGUCAUCGUAUAGUAUGUGCUUCACAUCGAAAAAUAUGUGGCAAAAAAACAUGUUGUAUUACUGAAGUCGAAGUACAACAAGAUAAACAAGCAUCUAUUAUUCGAAAUCGUCGUCCUAAAUCAAAAUGA